AUGGCCUUCUCUGCCCUCAUCGUUCUCGCCACUUGCCUUGUAUCGCAAGUUCUUGCCCAUGGUGGUGUAGUCUCAUAUACCAUUGGUGGCCAAACCUUCACGGGAUGGCAGCCGUAUAACGACCCUUCUAGCCAGUCGUCCAUUGAACGCCCUUACAGCUCAUAUGACCCUAUCCUGAGCGCCACGGCUUCGACGAUUAGUUGCAACAACAACGGUCAGGCUAGCGCCCAUCAACUCACCACAUCUGUUCCAGCAGGGACACAGAUCGUCGCCCACUGGAGUCAAUGGACCCACGCUCAAGGCCCCGUUAUGGUUUACAUGGCCAAAUGCCCAGGCUCGUGCACAGCAGCUAACAGCGCCACCCUUGAUUGGUUCAAGAUCGCUGAGACCGGUUUGAUCUCCGGCACCUUGCCCAGCGGUGUAUGGGGAACAGGACAAGUCAUGGACACGCUUUCAUACACAACUUCGAUUCCCUCUUCCCUCGCACCUGGUGAAUACCUGAUCAGGCACGAGCUCCUCGCACUCCACCAGGCCAACACCCCUCAAUUCUACCCAGAAUGUGCUCAACUUACCGUUACGGGCAGUGGAACGAAGACCCCAAGUGGUUCCUACUUGGUCAAAUUCCCAGGUGGAUACAGCGCAUCCGACCCUAGCAUCAACAUCAACAUCUACACGACUGAAGCAGCCUCAACGACCACCUACAAAGUUCCUGGACCCCCCGUCUGGAAUGGUGGUGCUAUUGCCUGUACUAGUUUGACUACCUCGUCAGGGUCCUGUUUUCUGCAACCGCUAAUGGAACUGGGGAUAGUCGAUCGGAUCGCCAUGGGCUUCUUGUAUUCUCUUGUUCUUCAGCUGGAUAUCCCCCUGGUGACAAUUCGGAUUCGGACGCAGGCGAAUGCCCUAAACCUUACCGUGUUUCAUGCGUUAAACAUUCAUGCAGGACCACCAGCGCAGGGAUCAAGCCACCGAGCGUCAUCGAAUAUCAACCCAUCUUAG